UUUUCAACGAGAUCCAGAGAAAAGCGGAGAAGGGUAGACAUCAUUUCUCUCAGUGUCUUUGGAUUAACCACACGACGACAGAGAGAUAAGGAAAUAUAUAUAUAUCUAUCUAAUCAGGAUAAUAAUUAUCUAAUUUAAUUUACAAAACUAGCCAUGGCCGAUACAGCUGUUGACACCACCGCCACCACAGAGGUUACAGCCAAGGAUCUUAAAGAGAAGAAAGAAGUAGAAACGGAGGAGGAGAAGACCGACAGCGGGGACGCACCUGCCAAUGGCACAAAUGGUGCUGAUCACAGUGACAAAAAGGAAGAAACCACAGAGGAGGAACAGAAGAAUGGAGGAAAUGCAGAGGAGGCGCCCCCUGCUGAGGAGACUAAUGCACAGCCUGUGAAGCGUGCAGCUGAAGAGGAGGAGGAAAAUGAGGAGACAAAAAAGCAGAAGACAGAGGAAAAUGGAGAUUCGAAAGAGGCAGAAGUGGAGGCUUAGGUCUUUGCCAUGCUUCUUGUUUGCAGCACUGUCUCACCAGCCUGGUCAACAUCGUGUUGUAGAGCUUGUGCUUUCUGUAUCUUUGAAAGAGAUUUCUUUUUGGUUGCUCCCAUGUUAUCACAUUGCACUGGAGUCUUGAAACUUGGUGGCCCUGCAUUUUUUUUUCUUUUAUGGAAUGUUAUUUAUUGGUCUUUAAAAUUAGCUUUUUUUAUUUUAUUUUUUAAACACGUACAAAUUGGGCCACACAAAGAGAUCAGUUUUCAUUUCCUGACGUUUCACAUCAGUGUGUUUAGAAGCGCAGUCUCUAUUAUGUCAGUGCUGACCAGAUGAUCCAUACAUACAGGCAGCUGCUCACCUCCAAGGCUCAUGUUGACCUCUCAAGAUACACUUAAAGGACCAAAGAUAAGUUUUAAGCAGGGGAUAAUGGACACUUGUUAGCAUUAUUAGUUGAAGCGUCAUUUUUUGUGUUGAGCUGCUACUUAAAUCCCUGGCUGACCUGUUAACAUAACAGAUGGUGCAAAUGCAUAAAGGGGCUCUCCUGCACCUCCACUGAUGGAUUGUUUGACCUUUUUCUGUGGAGGCAGGAUUUUGCAAUGUUAAUUAACCCCUCUUAAAUCUUAAAGCUUUGGUCAUUUGUUCUGUAUGCAUUCCACGCAAGUUUGUACCAUUUAUACUUUGUUUUUCUUGCAUUUUCAACGAGUUUUAUGUUAUGGUUGGGUAGCCCAGUUCUGUGUACAAGACUGCCUUUUUCAGAACCAGAAUGGCAUUCGGUUACUUCAACCCACUGCUUUGUAUAUUCUGAUUAACAAAUAAAUUUGUCUUUUUACUUAA